AUGUCGCACAACGCCAACGCCAACGCCAUUGCCGUCGUCGGUAUGGGAUGCAGAUUCCCCGGCGCCGACUCAGCCGAGGAAUACUGGCGUAUCUUGGAGACGGGGAGGUCCAUGUUGAGCGAGCUUCCCAAAGGCCGCUUCCCCACAACCGAACAUCAGCGCAGCACCGACAAGACGGUAUACUAUGGCAACUACCUGGACAGCAUCUCUAGGUUCGACAACCGUUUCUUCAAAAAGUCUAGCCGCGAAGCUGCGUCCAUGGACCCGCAACAGAGACUUCUACUGGAGGUAUCGUACCAAGCCCUUGAAUCGAGCGGUUUCUUUGGUCCCCGCGAGCCAGACCUCGAUGUUGGAUGUUUCAUCGGAGUAUGUGCGUCUGACUACAACGACAACGUCGCCAGCCAUCCAUCCAAUGCCUUUUCUGCCCUCGGUACAUUGAGGGCAUUUGUUCCCGGCCGAGUCAGCCAUUUCUUCGGUCUCACUGGACCGUCGAUUGCCCUGGACACGGCCUGUUCUUCGUCAGCCGUUGCCAUUGACGCUGCUUGCAAGGCGAUUCUUCAUGGUGACUGCCGAAGCGCCAUUGCUGGCGGUGUCUCUGUCUUCACAAGCCCUUUCUUCUACCAGAAUCUCUCCGCCGCGUCUUUCCUCAGCUCCACGGGCGCGAGCAAGUCGUUUGACGCCAGCGCAGAUGGCUACUGCCGUGGAGAGGGUAUCGGGCUUGUCGUCUUAAAACGCCUCUCCGACGCUGUCGCCUGUGGCGACAAUAUCCUCGGCACGAUCCUUUCAACCGCAGUCCGCCAGAGCAGCAACCAGGUGCCCAUCACCGUUCCCUACAGCCCAUCACAGACAGACCUGUACCGAAAGCUCCUCAGCACAGCUGGAAUUACGCCCGAGACCGUCACUUAUGUCGAGGCUCAUGGUACGGGCACUCCCGUCGGAGAUCCUCUCGAGUUUGGUGCGAUCAAGGAGGUGUUUGGUAUCAAGUCAAGAACAGACCCUCUAUACUUUGCAUCAGUCAAGGGCAACAUCGGACAUACCGAAGGUGCCUCUGGUGUUGCUGGUCUCAUUAAAACAAUCCUGAUGAUGCAGAACCACGCCAUUCCAAGACAGGCUCAUUUCAAGUCUGCGCACGCCAAUCUUUCGCUGGUACCGGGGCAGAUUUCCAUCCCGACCGAGACUGUGAGGUGGGAUGCAAAGAAUCUUGUUGCAUGUGUGAACAACUACGGAGCCGCGGGUAGCAUUGCUGCCAUACUCGUCCAGCAACCGCCGUCGCAGGGGGUUUCGAUCGCCACAUCGAGUGUGAUCAGCAAGCAUCCCCUGGUCAUCACCGCCAACAGCGUGAAGAGUCUCGGCGAGAAUUGUGCAAAGUUGGCGGAUUAUGUGUCCUCGCUCAAGGGCCAAUCUGCUGCAGACACAAACCUGCUCGCAGAUAUUACAUUCAACCUCAGCGACAGGCAAAAUAGGACACUGCCGAAUAUGUUUGCAACAGCUGUUUCUAGUCUAUCCGAACUAGACAGCCAACUUCGUACAGUGGCUUCCAAUCCCAACUUAGCCAUUUGCCAAGUUAACCCCAAAUCAAAGCCUGUCGUUCUCGUUUUCGGUGGCCAGUCGAGUCGCUCUGUGGGCCUGAGCAAGAGCGUCUAUAAGUCGUCGAAGCUCCUUCGCAAAUAUCUCGAUGAGUGCAACGACAUACUUAAAGGAUUCGGUCAGAGUGGCAUAUACCCUGACAUAUUUGACCCAGCACCGGUUGAUGACGUGGUGUCGCUCCAGACAAUGCAGUUUGCGCUACACUAUGCUUGCGCCCAGUCAUGGAUCGCCUGUGGUCUGAAGAUCGACUGCGUUCUCGGCCACUCCUUCGGCCAGCUUGUCGCUUUGACUGUGUCCGGUGUCCUGUCGCUCAUCGAUGGUCUCAGAUUGGUGUAUGGACGAGCGGUGCACAUGCGCGAAAUGUGGAGUCCUGAGAGAGGUUCCAUGCUUGCCAUCGAGGCAGACCGCGAAACUACCAUAGAUAUCAUCUCCUCGGCACGAAAAAUGACAUCGCCUUCCGGUUCUGGACUUGAAGUGGCAUGCUUUAAUGGACCGACCAGUCAUGUCCUGGUUGGAUCUGCUGCUGAGGUCGACGCUGCUGUGCAGGUCACCAAGACGAGCAACGCUAAAGCCAGGGUCCUGGACGUGACGCACGGCUUCCAUUCGCGGUUCUGUGAUCCUAUUAUCCCAGAGCUGGAGAGGCUCGCACGUGGUCUUACAUUAAACAAGCCCUCGAUCCCCCUCGAGAGCUGCUCCGCUGGUGAAUCCUGGCCCGAGGUCACUGCCAACCUGAUCGCCGACCACACUCGAACACCUGUCUACUUCGGGGAUGCUGUCAAGCGAAUCGAAGCGCGAUUCGGCGCAUGCACAUGGCUGGAAGCUGGAUCGAACUCUUCCAUCACCAGCAUCGUGCGCCGUGCUCUUCCGAAUCACAAGGACCAUCUCUUCUGUCCAGUCAACCUCACUCGAGACGACAGCAUGAGCGCCUUGGCAGACACAGCAGUAAAUCUCUGCAAGAACGGUACUCAUGUUCAAUACUGGCCAUUCCACCACAUCCAACGCCAGGAAUACCGACCCUUGAACUUGCCGCCCUAUCAGUUUGAGAAGAAUGAACACUGGCUCGAAUUUGACCUACAGGCAGGAACCGGCUCUGAGCCAACUUCCAUGGCAUCUAAGGGAUCGCAACCGGUCAUCGCCGAGCCUGAACCAGAACCAGAGCCGGAGCCCGUGCUUUUUGAGUUCUGCGACCUUCAAGACAUUGGCAACGGCCAGAAGCAGGCUACGUUCGCUAUCGACCCAAGGUCUGAGGAGUGGAGGGUGCUCGUUGCUGGUCACUCCGUGUUGCACGAGUCUCUAUGCCCGGCAACACUAUACAUUGAGCUGGUUCUCAGGGCCGCUAAGGGUCUGGCAAAUAUCAAGAAUAUGUCGUCUACCCCUUUCGCCCGCGUGGACGACCUCGAGAUAUCCUCUCCCCUCGGCAUGAGCCAGGAGAAGAUGGUCCAUCUUGUGCUCACGCCGUCCGAUGCUGCCGGUCGCAAGUUCAACUUCACUUUUCUUUCACAGAACCGCUCUGGAAAGCCGGCUGCUCUACAAACCCACGCUACUGGCACAUGCGAGACUGCUCCAGAGGAUGAUACAACUGUCUUCGCCGAGCUCGAGAGAACCAGGAAGCUUCUCAAGCACAUGCACAAGGGACAGGACCAUGCCCAGAGAUUCGCGGAUAUGGCUUCACAACUGGGCGGCGAGGCCGUCUACGGGUCAAUCGUCUACAAGGUGUUCUCCAGGGUAGUCCAGUACCACGACUUCUACCAAGGUGUUCGAAAGCUCGCAAGCACAAGCGACGGCUCUGUCGCCGCCGAGGUGUACCUACCCGAGACACAACCAGGCUUCUCAAAGGAUCUUUACUCUUUGCCCGUGGCCACCGACAACUUCUUCCAGGUUCCGGGGCUGUUCGCAAACUGCUUGGCUCCUUGCCCGUCAGAUGAAGUCUUCGUCUCUACUCACGUUGACCGCAUCCAGUUAUCGCCUGAGUUUGGCAAACAACAGGCUGAAGGGAGCAGCUGUGGCUGGGAGGUUUUUGCCAUGUCUACCUCCAUCAGCGACAAGGAAAGCAGCAAUGAUAUUUUUGUCACGGACAGGGGUACUGGUAAACUUGUCUUCGUUGCUUUUGGUGCAAAGUUCAGCAGGGUGAAGACGGCAACACUUGCCAGGAUCUUGUCUCGCGCCAACCCCAAAGCAACGUCUGCACCUGCACAAACUGAGGCGCCUCAAAGAGGUCCAGUUCCAGCUAUCCAGGCCAUAUCAAAGCCUGUGGCUGUGAGGCCGAGCCAAUUAAAACAGUCUAUACAGGCUCAGCAGCCGACACAACAAAAGACUGCACCUCACUUCGAAGCAAAGGAGCUCCGACAAAUGCUGAGCAAAAUCACUGACGUCCCCGCGAAUGAGUUCCAGACGAAUGUUGCCUUGGACCAACUGGGCAUCGACUCCCUGAUGGCCACGGAAAUGGUAUCAGAAAUCCGACAGGCCUUUAACAUCUCGAUACCGCAAUCUGAGCUCGCUGAUCUGGAGACGUUUGGAUCGUUGUGCUCAUACCUAGAUGGCCAUGAGAGUCGACAAUGGUCUGUCCAUGCACUGGAUCAGCCAUCUCAAGCCAAGCUUGAGAAAAUUACUAUCCCUGAGACUAAAAUUCAAGAGCAAACCACAUCAGAGAUUGGAGCUUCAGACGUGCCGGACUACGAACAAGAAGAAGAGCUGGUCGCGCGACUUGCUGGUUUGCUGGGCACUCACCUCGAAUGUCCAGCUACGGACUUUGAACGCUCAACAAACCUCGCGGAUCGCGGUCUGGAUUCUCUUCUCAGCAUGGAGCUCAUGAGCGACAUCGAUGGAAUGUUUGGUGUUUCAAUUGAUCCGUCGCUUAUUUUGGGCGAGAGCACCUUCGGACAUCUCGCCGACAUCCUCGUCAGCUCGGUCAUCUCUCUACGGCCUGCAGGGAGUACGGAUUCAAGCACAGUCCCUUCUACGAGAGCACUGUCGCCUGGAAUUGUGACACCGGGCAUCGCGACACCGGGAACCAUCCCUGACGAUAUUGUCGAUGCCCAAGCAUUUGAAACAAUCAAAGUGGACUUUGACAAGUUCGCAGAGAAAUACCGAUUUGGCGACUUCUACACCAAAGUUGCAGACAAGCAAGCAGAGCUGGUCCUGGCCUACGUGGUCGAAGCCAUGGCCGAUUUGGGUGUCGAUCUGAGGACUCUGAGACCAGGAGACCGGAUCUCACGAAUCCAGGUCGCGCCAAAGCAUGAGCGCAUGAUUAACGUCUUCAAUGAGGUCCUCCGCGCGGGCAAGUUGGCCGACUACGAUGGCAAAGAAUACGUCCGCUCGGACGUGUCGGUUGAUACAACCCCAUCAAGCGUCCUGCAUAAGGAUAUCAUCGAACGGUUUCCUCAACACGCCAAAGAACAUACCCUGCUGAACCUCUGUGGAUCGGACAUGUCCAAACUCCUAACUGGUAAGAUGGAUCCUCUGGCGGUGCUCUUUGGAAGCAAAGCCAAUAAGGAGAUCCUGGAGGAUGUGUACACCACGGCGCCUAUGUUUGUGGUUCAUUCGGAGCUGCUCACAAAUUACCUCGAGAAGGCAUUGAGUAGCUCCUCGCCCGGACCUGAUGGCAAGUUCCAUAUCGUGGAGCUCGGAGCCGGCACUGGUGCCACGACGCGGUGGAUCGUGGACCGACUGGUGCAGUGCGGAAUCCCCAUCGAAUACACCUUUACCGACAUCUCUUCUUCACUUGUUGCGGGUAGUAAGCGCAAGUUUGCCAACUACGACUGCAUGAAGUACGGCACGAUCGACAUCGAAAAGGAGCCGCCCGCCGAGUACCAAGGACAGUUCGAUAUUGUGCUCGCAACCAACUGCAUCCAUGCCACCAGCAACCUCCGCAACUCUAUGGGAAAUAUCAAUAAGCUCUUGCGGCCCCACGGUUUCGUGUCUCUGGUUGAGUUGACGACUAGGAACUACUGGCUGGACAUGGUCUUUGGGCUCCUCGAUGGGUGGUGGCUGUACGAUGAUGGACGGCCAUAUGUGCUGGCGACUCCCGAGUUCUGGGACAAGACAAUGCGACAGGUCGGCUUCAAGCAUGUGUCAUGGACAGGUGGUCAUACGCGCGAAUCAGAGGUUGUCCGAGUCAUCACCGGUUUCAAGCAGCCCGUUACAGACCCCUCCUCUUAUCUCAGCAUGCCGCAGGAGAAAACUGGGAACAUUGAGACGGUUGUCUUUGCACACACAGACAAGAAGCUUCCGCUGAGGGCCGAUAUCCACUACCCCUCGUCGGCGCAGGAGGCAAGGUAUGAUACUUGGGUUACUGGCUUAGUGAUUCACGGAGGAGGACAUGUAAUGUUAUCACGUCGAGAUGUUCGACCACGUCAAAUACAAUUACUUCUUGAUAAUGGUAUUUUGCCUGUAUCAGUGGACUACAGACUGUGUCCCGAGACGACCAUCCUGGAGGGACCGCUUGUCGAUGUCGUCAACGCAUAUGCCUGGACAAAGAAAUCGCUGCCAUUGCUGAAAUUGACAAAGACGCGAAUCAACGAGAGACUCGACCAUAACAAGGCGGCCGUGAUCGGCUGGUCAACUGGUGGCACGCUAGCCAUGUCUCUGGCGUGGACCUCGAUACCACGUGGGAUCUCUCCCCCAACCAGCAUCUUGGUCUUUUACUGUCCAACUGACUACGAGGAUGAAUUCUGGCGGAAACCCAACGUGCCAGAACACUCUGACAGCUUCGGCAACGAAUCCUACAACGUCAUCGACGGAGUUCACCCCGCUCCCAUCACGGCAUACAACGUGCCCUCCAAGAUCAAGGCAGCAGCCGGGUGGAUGGCGCCUAAAGACCCUCGCAGUCGAAUCGUUCUUCAUAUGAACUGGCACGGACAGACGCUUCCUGUUCUUUUCCGUGGGCUACCAUCGGGAUCGAAGGUAUCUGGGCAGGCUGCGGCAGACUUCAAUCGGCUGGAGCAGCCAUCAAGGGAAGAUAUUAUCCGGGCUAGUCCCUAUGCACAGAUCCUUCAAGGGAACUACAAAUCGCCAACCCAUAUUGUGUUUGGCACCAAGGACGAUCUGAUUCCGUUGGAACAGGCUCAGCGAACAGUUGACGCAAUGAGAGACGCGGGCAUCGCGUCGGGGAUUACGAUUGCGCCCGGACAACCUCAUCUGUUCGAUCUAUACCGUGAUCCUGAUGGCAAGCGCUGGGGUAAUGUCGUGGAAGGCUACAAGUUUUUGCUACAAAGACUGGGGAGGGAAAUUGUUUAG